AUGGGCUGGGGGGCGGAAGGUGGCGCCCCGGCUCGGCACUGCCACGGAGGCGCGGGCUGGACUUGGGGCGACUGCUUCGUGGGCUGGCUGCUGCUGCCCGCAGCCCUGCUCUUCCUGCUCGCCCGGCCACUGAGGCUCGCCGCCUUCCCUACCUCCUUAAGCGACUGCCAAACGCCCACCGGCUGGAAUUGCUCCGGUUACGAUGACAGAGAAAAUGAUCUCUUUCUCUGUGACACCAAUACGUGUAAAUUUGACGGGGAGUGCUUAAGGAUUGGAGACACGGUGACUUGCGUCUGUCAGUUCAAGUGCAACAGUGACUACGUGCCAGUGUGUGGCUCCAAUGGUGAUACCUAUCAGAACGAAUGCUACUUGAGACAAGCUGCUUGCAAGCAACAGAGUGAAAUCCUCGUGGCGUCCGAAGGAUCCUGCGCGACUGAUGCAGGCUCCGGCUCUGGGGAUGGAGGCAGCGAGGGCUCUGGAGAAACCAUUCAGAAGGAAACAUCCACCUGUGACAUUUGCCAGUUUGGAGCUGAAUGCGAUGAAGACGCGGAGGACGUCUGGUGUGUGUGCAACAUCGACUGUUCUCAAACCAACUUCAAUCCUCUCUGUGCUUCCGAUGGGAAAUCUUACGACAACGCAUGUCAGAUCAAAGAAGCCUCCUGCCAGAAACAGGAGAAGAUUGAAGUCAUGUCUUUGGGAAGAUGCCAAGACAAUGCAACUACGACCACAAAGACAGAAGACGGACAUUAUGCAAGAACAGAUUAUGCAGAGAACGCGAACAAAUUGGAGGAGAGCGCCAGGGGAAUCUACACUCCUUGUCCAGAACAUUUUAGCGGCUUCUGUAUGCACGGGAAAUGCGAGCACUCGGCUAAUAUGCUGGAACCAUCUUGCAGGUGUGAUGCAGGCUAUACUGGACAACACUGUGAAAAGAAGGACUACAGCGUUUUAUACGUGGUUCCUGGCCCAGUACGAUUUCAAUAUGUCUUAAUAGCAGCCGUGAUUGGAACUAUCCAGAUUGCAAUCAUCUGCGUUGUAGUACUCUGUAUUACAAGGAAAUGUCCUCGGAGUAACAGAAUCCACCGGCAGAAGCAAAACACAGGUCACUACAGUUCAGACAACACCACCAGAGCUUCGACCCGAUUAAUUUAAAAAAAGAAAAAAGAGCGCAUGUUUCCACAAUGGCAAAAAGUAGACUGCAGAGAGCUUGGACUGACAAAAAAAGAAAAAAUCCAGUAUUAUAGACAAAAGAACUACACAUGUUGCCUUGCAUUUGUGGUAAUCGACACCAAUGAGAAAAAGAAAAAAAAACAUGUACUACAGCUAUAUUUGAUUAUGUAUGGAUAUAUUUGAAAUAGUAAACAUUGUCUUGAUGUUUUUUCUGUAAUGUAAAUAAACUAUUUAUAUCACACAAUAUAGUUUUUUCUUUUUCAUGUAUUUGUUAUAUAUAAUAAAUACUCAGUGAUGAGAAAAAAAAA